UCUGCGGGGGAGUGUCACUGGGAGGAGACCAACAGGUGGAUCGGCCCUAGAAGCCUCGGCCCUCUUGGGAAGCCCAGUCUGGGGGCCUCUGGGAGAGACUGCUGGCUGUAGCCCAGUUGCAGCAGAGGCAGCCACGCCUUCUCUCUGCUCGGAGCCUUUAAGAAACCUGCUCUCUGUCUGGUCUGUUUCAGGCACAGUUGUCUUAUUAUGAUGCACUAAAGACGCUGAUUCUGGAUUGAGAUCUAAGCCUUUUAGUUAAGCAACGCUCUUCUGUUUUUCCUGGGAAGCUAAUGGCAUACAUAAGUCAUUGUGGAGCUAGAUGGAGGGGAUGGCUGGCAUCUCUCAGAUCUAGAACCGAUACCUAGCUCUGGGUGAGGCUCACAAGAGAAACCAAAGGAGCAGCAUGUAGCAAUUGGUUGGUGGAUUGUGAAGAAGUGUCUCCUGAGGUGCAUCAGUCUCUAUGCCUAUCGGUACUUUCUGGCUGGUGUCCCUGUGCAUUGGCCCUAAAGUGCAUCGCUCACUUCACUGGCUCCUGUGCAUAGUACUACAGUACAUAGCUAUGGAGGUGCCCAGAUCUAAUCCCUGUAAAUGCAAGUCCAUUUAGGAUUAUAUUAAGUCUCCAACAGGAUUCUGACCAAUAAUACAGUAGUAGCAGUUCUCUUUCCCACAUCACCUGUAUUUUGAGGGCUUCUAGAUAUUGGACUGCAUCGCUUUGGGUUUUGUCAACAGCACCAGUGGCCAGGGAUAAUGGGAGCGGAGGUCCAGCAUCUAGAAGACACCGUAUUCCCCACCUCUGAAGCUGUAAAUGUCUGUCUCCAAAGGCACACGCUCUGUACUUCUGCUCUGCUUCUCAUGAUUCUCCUCAGCUAUUUAUCCAUUGACGUUCCUGGAUAUGGAAAAGUAGUUGUUGAUGUUGGAUAUGGUGGUGCUUUCUAUGCUUUUCUCAGUGCUGAGCAGCUGGGACUGGAUGUUUGUUCUUCAAAGAUUCGGGAUCUGGUUGAUGCAGCAUCUGCAGUGACUGAAGCAGUAAAGGCUCAGUUCAAAGUACACCACCCUUUAAUUGAAGAUAUGUCUUUCAUUUAUGGGACUAUACUGACAGAUGGAAAAGAUGCAUUUAGUGAUGAACCAACAAGCAACAUAUGUGUGUUUGCAGAUGCACAGGUUGACCGAAGCCCAACUGGGUCAGGAGUGACAGCUCGUAUUGCCUUACAGUACCAUAAAGGACUAAUUCAGCUGAACCAGAUCAGGACCUUCAGAAGCAGUUCAACUGGCUCAUUGUUUACUGGGAAAGCAAUAAAGGAAACUAAGUGUGGUGACCACAAUGCUGUUGUAGUAGAAGUGGCCGGAGAGUCCUUUUACACUGGAACAUCUACCUUCACUUUUGAAGAGGAGGACCCCUUGAAAUAUGGUUUCCUACUAAAGUAAUUGCUACUAUUGUGCAUUUGUCUCUGUCCUCAAAAGGACAGAGUUGUUAAAAAAAUAACAUCCUCUGCCUUUUAUUAGUAACAUCCGCUAUAUUUUACAGGUAAUGUUAUGUUUGUUAUCUUUUUUGAGUCAGUCUUUAUUGUUUAGGGAAGCAUAAUUAGGUAAAAUCACACUUUUGCUGUUCUACUAAAGAAAGGGAGUGAUGGCAAAUACAGUGCCUAAUGAAUAAAAGAAUAAAAUAAAAUUAUAAAAAACCCUAACUUUUUUUGCAGUACCAAAAGCAAAUGGGACAUAUUGCCCAGUAUUACAUCUGAAGUAUCUAAACAAAUAUGUGAAAUACCUCUGCUUCAAAAUGGAGACUGUGAAUAAUAAGAGAAAGCUUGAGGAAAAGCAGUCUAAUGGUUUCCAUAGACCUCAAGGAGGCUUAUUUGCCAAUGCAGCAAGACAGCAGAAAAUACCUAAGAUUUGCUUAUCAGAACAUCUGUUACCAGUUCAUGGUACUGCCAUUUGGUUUAUCCUCGGCACCAAGAAUCUUCACAAAAGUGCUGGUGCCACUUAUAGCAUAUUUAAGAAAACAAGGCACUCACAUAUCCAUACCUAGACGAUAUUCUAUUAUCAGCAGAAUCAAGCGCACAAUUACAAAGAGACACUCAGCAAUACAAACACUAGAAAGGUACCGAUUCCAAAUAAAUUACAAAAAAAGCCAAUUAACAGUGGUGAUGAGAAUCACUCACUUAGGAGCAGAAAUAGAUACAAGAUGGAACAAAGUAAGCUUGUCAGAUGAAAGAAAAAUGAAAAUAACCAACCACAGCAGCACUAAUACAAGCAAAGACAGGAGACAUACUGUAAUAUGGUUAGCAAAAAUUAUGGGACUGUUGAUAUCAACAAUACAUUUGGUAACAUAGGGUUAUUACCACAGCAGAGUACGCCAGUAAUUUCUAAAUCCUUAUGAAAAUAACAAGAAAGACAUCUCAUAAUACAGAUAUGUUAGGAAAAUCUUUGUGAUGGGUGAUGUCUCUUGCCCUCGAGGCCCCAAACUGUUACCAACUGGAUCAGAUGCAGUCUGCUCUGGAUCUCAGGAUCAAAGCAAACUCCAGCUCAGGAAAAGCUUUCUGGAACAAUGCCUAGUGAAACAGACUUCACUCAAUGAGGGUUUAUUUGUCUUAGUUACUAUUUACAAAACUAAUAACUACAAGUACUGUAUAUCACAUCCUUCUCUUCCAAAGUCCAUGCUCAACAACAUCUUGAACAGUCCUUUGUUCUCUCAUCAGGAACACAUUUCCCACACUGUAGUCCAGCCUCUUUCCCACAUAGGGAACCAGUCACAGUACAAACAACAAACAUAUCAUGUUUACAGUUUGUCUCAGCCAUUUGUCCUUGAAAAUCUUGUUUUCAAGCCUAGAUUUCCUGGCCUUCAACAGGAACCAUUUUUUACUUUAGCAAAAACCAUUGGCACAUCUGAACAUUUUCAGUACAAAUAGAAAUAUACAUUAACAUACAGUAAAGAAAGAAAUGAGCUAGUGACUCAAAGAAACAAUUUGAACAAGGAAGUACCACUGAUAAAGCCUGAAUAAGUCUAAAUAACAACAGAUACCAGCCUGUUGGAGUGGGGUGCCCAUUGCAAUCUAUUCUCAACACAAGGAACAUGGCACCCAUCAGAUACAAAGAAACGCAUAAUUUUUCUAGAACUGAAGCAGCACUGAGAUCAGCACUGCUAAGGUUUCGAAAACAGGCUCAAAUCAAACAUGUUAUGAUAACAGACAAUAUAACAGUAUGAGCCUGCAUCAACAAUCAUACUAAUGGCAGAAGC